GUCUAUACUUACGCGCCGGAAGUGGCCUUGCAUAGUGAGCCCAAAAAGUCGAGCUUGAGGCCCGGUUACGCUCUGGUCAGGAGCUUUGCCGGUUUGGUAGGCGGCUGUUGUCAUGACGGCCCAGGGCAGCCUGGUGGCCAACCGAGGCCGGCGCUUCAAGUGGGCGAUUGAGCUGAGCGGACCUGGAGGAGGCAGCAGGGGCCGAAGUGACCGGGGCGGUGGCCAGGGAGACUCGCUGUACCCAGUUGGUUACUUGGACAAGCAAGUUCCUGAUACCAGCGUGCAAGAGACAGACCGGAUCCUAGUGGAGAAGCGCUGCUGGGACAUUGCCUUGGGUCCCCUGAAACAGAUUCCCAUGAACCUCUUCAUCAUGUACAUGGCAGGCAAUACUAUCUCCAUCUUCCCUACUAUGAUGGUGUGUAUGAUGGCUUGGCGACCCAUUCAGGCACUUAUGGCCAUUUCAGCCACUUUCAAGAUGCUAGAAAGUUCAAGCCAGAAGUUUCUUCAGGGCUUGGUGUAUCUCAUUGGGAACCUUAUGGGUUUGGCAUUGGCUGUUUAUAAGUGCCAGUCAAUGGGACUGUUGCCUACACAUGCAUCAGAUUGGUUAGCCUUCAUUGAGCCCCCUGAGAGAAUGGAGUUCAGUGGUGGAGGACUGCUUUUGUGAACCUGAGAAAGAAACAUGUGGUGCCUCUGGAUCUGGAUCUCAUCUACAACCUUCUUCAUGCCCAGCGGCUCCUCCUCAGCAUCCUAACCCUUAACGUCACUCACUGAAAAGAACCAAAAACGCUCUAUUCUCCAUGGUGAAGAGUCAAAUCCUAGAAAGACAAUGUACAUAUCACUACAAAUACAAAAAAAAAAAAAAACUGUACCACAACUCUUGACUGAAAAUAAGGUAGAAAACUUUAUUUAUGUUUCCAGUGUAGAGCAAAACAACAAAUAAAACCACAACUAUGUAAACAAAAGAAUCAUUGCUGCUAAAUCAAGAACUACAGCAGCAUCUCCUUUUAAUAAAUUAAAUGGUUGAGAACAAUGCUUUAAAAAAAGUUGCACAAUUUUCCCUUAAAUCUUUUCUCCGUAAUAUUUCACUUCUAGUUAACACAGGCUGGGACGUAAAAAUUCUGUUGGAGAUACUUGUGGAAAAUGUGAGAAACUAACGCUGAAUUCAGAUUAUGAACAUGAUGAAAAGAAAAAUAAACCAGACAAAAAAAGCACA